CGGCCGAGUCCUCCGCCGUCCCAGCAUUCCCUGCGCCCCACCACCGAGAGCAGCUUCCGGCGGCGCGGGUGGAGGUGGGUGAAGAAGGAGGGGCCCUCGCCGCUCUGUCUCAUUCCCUCGCGCUCUCUCAGGCAACAUGGCGGGCGUGGAGGAGGCAGCGGCCUCCGGGAGCCACCUGAAUGGCGACUUGGAUCCAGACGACAGGGAGGAGGAAGCUGCCUCUACGGCCGAAGAAGCAGCCAAGAAAAAAAGACGGAAGAAGAAGAAGAGUAAAGGGGCUGCUGCAGUAGGGCAACAAGAACCUGAUAAAGAAUCAGGAGCCUCAGUGGAUGAGGUAGCAAGACAAUUGGAAAAACAAGCAUUGGAAGAAAAAGAAAGAGAUGAUGAUGAUGAAGAUGGAGAUGGUGAUGGGGAUGGAGCAACCGGAAAGAAGAAGAAGAAGAAGAAGAAGAAGAGAGGAUCAAAAGUUCAAACAGACCCUCCCUCAGUUCCAAUAUGUGACCUGUAUCCUAAUGGUGUAUUUCCCAAAGGACAAGAGUGCGAAUACCCACCCACACAAGAUGGGCGAACAGCUGCUUGGAGAACUACAAGUGAAGAAAAGAAAGCUUUAGAUCAAGCCAGUGAAGAGAUUUGGAAUGAUUUUCGAGAAGCUGCAGAAGCACAUCGACAAGUUAGAAAAUAUGUUAUGAGCUGGAUCAAGCCUGGGAUGACAAUGAUAGAAAUCUGUGAAAAGUUAGAAGACUGUUCACGCAAAUUGAUAAAAGAGAAUGGAUUAAAUGCAGGCCUGGCAUUUCCUACUGGGUGUUCUCUCAAUAACUGUGCUGCCCAUUAUACUCCCAAUGCUGGUGACACAACAGUAUUACAGUAUGAUGACAUCUGUAAGAUAGAUUUUGGAACACACAUAAGUGGUAGGAUUAUUGACUGUGCUUUUACUGUCACUUUUAAUCCCAAAUAUGAUACGUUAUUAAAAGCUGUAAAGGAUGCUACCAAUACUGGAAUAAAGUGUGCUGGAAUUGAUGUUCGUCUAUGUGAUGUUGGGGAGGCCAUCCAAGAAGUUAUGGAAUCCUAUGAAGUUGAAAUAGAUGGGAAGACAUAUCAAGUGAAACCAAUCCGUAAUCUGAAUGGACAUUCAAUUGGGCAAUAUAGAAUACAUGCUGGGAAAACAGUGCCCAUUGUGAAAGGAGGAGAGGCAACAAGAAUGGAGGAAGGAGAAGUGUAUGCAAUUGAAACCUUUGGUAGUACGGGAAAAGGUGUUGUUCAUGAUGACAUGGAAUGUUCACAUUACAUGAAAAAUUUUGAUGUUGGCCAUGUGCCGAUAAGGCUUCCAAGAACAAAACACUUGUUAAAUGUCAUCAAUGAAAACUUUGGCACCCUUGCCUUCUGCCGCAGAUGGCUUGAUCGCUUGGGAGAAAGUAAAUAUUUGAUGGCUCUGAAGAAUCUGUGUGACUUGGGCAUUGUAGAUCCAUAUCCACCAUUAUGUGACAUUAAAGGAUCAUAUACAGCGCAGUUUGAACAUACCAUACUGUUGCGUCCAACAUGCAAAGAAGUUGUCAGCAGAGGAGAUGACUAUUAAACUUAGUCCAAAGCCACCUCAACAUCUUUAUUUUCUAAGCUUUGUUGGAAUACAUUAUACCAGAAUUAAUUUGCAACAUGUUGUCUGUUUUAACUGUGGACCUAUAUAAUACUUUGUAUUCAUGUUAAAAAAGAAGGAAUUUGAUCGAAGGCAAACGGUCUAAUUAACGAAGGAAAAAGCUUUCAGGACUUUUCAAAUGUUAACUGUUUUACCUUCUCCUGUCUAGGAAAUGCUAUAAAGCUCAAAUUAGUUAGGAAUGACUUAAACAUUUUGUUUUGAACACCUAAGGGAUGCUUUUUGGAUAUUUAUAUUGCCAUAUUCUUACUUGAAUGCUUUCAAUGACUACAUCCAAUUCUGCAUCUAUACUCUGGUAUUGCUUUUUAACCUUCCUGGAAUCCAUUUUCUAAAAAAAAUAAAGACAUUUUCAGAUCUGA